CGCCCACCGGUACCGCCUCUUCUCCACCCUCUGGUCCCGGCUGCUGGCAGUGGGCUUUGUGCGGUUCCGGAGCUCCUAGCGGUCUGCAGAAAGCCUGAAAGGCCAUCAUGUCAGAGAAGCCUAAGCUCCACUAUCCCAACGGAAGAGGCCGGAUGGAAACCGUUAGAUGGGUUUUAGCUGCCGCUGGAGUCGAGUUCGAUGAAGAAUUUUUAGAAACAAAAGAACAGUUGCAGAAGUUGCAGGAUGGUAAGCACCUGCUGUUCCAACAAGUGCCAAUGGUUGAAAUUGACGGGAUGAAGUUGGUGCAGACCCGAAGCAUUCUCCACUACAUAGCAGACAAGUACCAUCUCUUUGGCAAGGACCUCAAGGAGAGAACCCUGAUUGACAUGUAUGUGGAGGGGACGCUGGAUCUGCUGGAACUGAUUAUCAUGCAUCCUUUCCUCAAACCAGACGAUCAGCAAAAGGAAGUGGUGAACAUGGCCCAGAAGGCUAUAAUUAGAUACUUUCCUGUGUUUGAAAAGGUUCUAAGGGAGCAUGGACAAAGGUUUCUUGUUGGCAGUCAGAUGAGCCUUGCAGAUGUGAUACUACUCCAAACCAUUCUGGCUCUAGAGGAGAAAAUUCCCAAUAUCCUGUCUUCAUUUCCUCACCUCCAGGAGUACACAGUGAAAAUGAGUAAUAUUCCUACAAUCAAGAAAUUCCUUGAACCUGGCAGUAAGAAGAAGCCUCCUCCGGAUGAAAUCUACGUGAGAACCGUCUACAACAUCUUUAUGCCAUAAAAAACAUGUACAUCUGUGAAUGAGAGGUCGCCCCUAGAAAUGGCUGUGUCCACAAUAGUAUCUUAAUUGAUGCCAGGCUACCCUGAUCCCAGCUCUGUCAUGGUGCUAUAUAUAGUUGUUCCUAAGUUGGGUCUUUCAUGUCAAUGAGAUCUCUUCUAGAAUCACAGACACUUCUUUUCCAGUGAAUAAUUGUUAUGUGACCUUUUUCUGAAAACCUUUUAGGAGAGGCUGGCAUUUCAGUUAGAUCUGAUCUAAACUCAUGGCCUGAUAACAGGGACAGGCAGGACCUCAUGUUCUCUGAGCUUCUUCUCUCCUCCCACUCUAAACCCUCUCUGGUCUCUUCCCAAUUUUUAGUGUCUAAUAACAGCAGAAUAUCUAGUGAACAACUCUCCUCUGAGCUAUUAUAAAUCCAUGGUAGUAAUGAAUGCAGUCAAUUAUUAGCCAAAAUAAAGAAUUUACAAAUCAUU